AUAACAACUGUCAAACAACAAGGGCGUUUCCAGAGAAGGAAGACCAUGGCGCAUUCUCAUUAUCUUCUUCAUAUUCCUUCGCUACCAUCUUUAUCUGCAUCUCUCACUUCCCAAACUCCUUCGCUUCCCGUUCGGCGAUUACAUCCCAAGACGCACUCGUAUCAUGCCCCUUCACACGCCACUUUAAGCUCUUUCAAACCUCUUCAUUUUGCUCUCUCUGGAGCCCUCUCACUUGGGUUAUUAUUCGGAGGAAUUAGAGUGGCCGAGGCUGCAAAAGUAGGUGUGAACAAGCCGGAGUUGCUCCCCAAGGAGUUUAGCACUGUCAUUGAUGUUGCCGGGUUCCUCUCUGAUGGACAGGAGAAAAGACUAGCAGCAGAGAUUGCUGCUCUUGAAGCAGAUACCGGAUUCAAGUUAAGGGUUUUGGCCCAGAACUAUCCUGAUACGCCAGGUUUGGCUGUCAAAGAUUUCUGGCAGGUAGAUGACAGAACAGUUGUCUUUGUUGCGGAUCCCACAUUUGGUAAUAUAUUGAAUUUCAACGUUGGUGCUUCAGUUGAUUUGGACAUCCCACGUAGUUUUUGGAGUCGCUUGGCUGGGAAAUAUGGAAACAUUUUCUAUUGGAAAGAAAAGGGGGAAGAUGCUUCUAUUGAAGCAGCAGUAACGGCAAUUUCUAAUUGCCUAAGAGAACCAGUUGGGCCUAAUAAUUGUUCUGAGGUGAAUUAAUUUGCUGAUUAAUAUCAUUUUGUCCUGUGUUAGGUGUACUGUAUAGAAAGAUUAAGAUCAUAUAUACUUCAUGUUUUAAGUAUAUUAUUCUGUGUUGUGUUUUAAGUAUCGUAUGUACUUAAUUCAUUGUUAAUACAUAUGGAGUCAUAAAAUGUAUUUUAUUGUAUAAAAUAGGAGAGGAUGAGAUUGUACCAUCAGCAUGUUUUCUGACCUUAUAAAUUUGUUUUUAUGAGAUCA